UGCGUUGAUCUCGUAUACAUUCAGCACAACUGUUCGUGCCAUAAAACAAGUCGGGAAAUUCCGCCAACACUACGAUGCGUGCCAACUAUUUCAGGAUUUAAUAAUGAGAGUUUUGCGGUUGUUUUAGUGUUGACAACCGAAUAGCUCAGAGGAAACCUUGGUCACAUUGAGCUCUCUAAACAAGUGAUUAAGCCUUACAGGCGUGUAAUAGAAAGCACAUCGAUCGGGUGUGAUCUCCUUAGCUGGGUAAAUCCUAGCCUGAUGAGCUGUGGAAAUGAAGAGACGACGCUUUCUGUGGUUCAUCUCCGCUCAUAAGAGGAUCAAUUCUGGUAGAAGAGAAGCCGCAACUUGCUAUUGGAUUGAAGUGAAAAAUUGAAACGACAAGGAGGUUAGUGGCACAAACCAUGAGCGAUUGUAUCCGGGAAAUUCCGAAAUUCACUCGACAAAGAGUUUUGGGUGCAGAAAAGGCGGAACCUUAUUCUCCGUGAAUAUAACUUAAUAAGUUCAGCUGUCGAAUCUUCGGGUCGCUAAACAACAUGGCUAAACCCGAAAUUUCUAAGUUUCUGGCGCCAAUUUUGCUGAUUGCGUUGGCCUUCGCAAUCAUUGAAUCGGAUAUCAGCGUGUCGGCCGAAAGUAAUCUCAUGGGGGUGUAUGUUGAUGUGGCUGGUGACAGUUUGGAUGGCAUCGAAGAACGAUUUGAUUUUUCUCGCGGAAAAGGAAAGGGACACAUUGGUAGACGACGCCCGGGAAAACUGCGUAAUAAACAUAAACAUACCAAAUCCAGUUAUGGAGUCCCCAAAUCACAAUACGAGGCGUCCAAACCUUAUUACCCACCAUCUAAGGCACAAAGCAAACCUCAUGCCAAAUAUCCUCCGAAGACCCAGUACAGUUUAGGUCCAGUUUAUAGUUACGUAGCUCCAGCUUACAAUACCUACCCGACCUACAGUCUACCUGUAUACAGCCAAUCUGCACACCUUCGUGCUUCUGCCUUGCGUCCGCAACCUUCACGUCCUCAAUCUCCACGUCGCCCAUCUCCUCAGGCUUCAGUUGCCCAUCGUCCGUCCCACCUUGCACCCCCUCAAUAUAAGAAUUCGCCCCCAAUACAUCCCCAAUCAGCACUUCCAACUCGACCUAAAACUUCACCCACGACACGCCCUAAGACGCCACCUCCGACACCACCCAAAAUUUCACCUGCGACAAGUCCCAAAACUUCACACCCGACCCGUCCUAAAACUUCACCUCCGACAAGUCCCAAAACUUCACCCCGCCCAUCUUCUCAUCGUCCCACAUAUCCUACAACUUCACUUCCCACAACAACCAGUCCUUCAACUACUACCAGUACCCGAGUGUACAGUUCUCCGGCUCCUGUUAGUAGUAGUACUACAGCUACUGCAACCUCUAGUCCGAUAGAUACCAGCACUUCUGCGUACAAUUCUUCCACUUCCGAUUCUUCCACUUCCAGUGCUCCGGAAUCUAGCUCCCCAAAGACCGAAUCCAGCCAACCAAAGAAAAAAUCUGCUCCACCCAAAAAAGAGAUGAUUAUUCCGCUUAAGUUAAAGAAUGAAGUUCAAAUCAAGCCAGCUUACACGCCGAAAACCUCGCCUAAGGGGAAUUCCACAUCUCCCGUAUCGAUUUCAAAGGACAGAGAUGACGAAGGAUUUUUUAGUAGCCCGUCCGAAGGCUUUCCAAAUUUUUUCAAACAAUUAUUGCAAGGUUAACAAUAAGAGUUUAGAGCUGGUUUUGGUAACAAAAUAUUUAAGUUUGAUGUGGGUUUCGUUUUUAUUUAAGAACUUAAAUUAAUAAGACCGUAAACUAGUCUUGUACUCUUUUCUCAGUUGUAUACUUUCAUCGCUGCAUGGUAUUUCUUUGAAUAUUUAUUUCCCAAAUCGUUUGUUACGUUUCCUUUUUUGCUCUUUUUGUUUCAGUAGGUGGAAAGGGGUUGGCAAAUUUUUGACAAUUCCAAGCUGAGUCGCGCGCUGAUUUUAUAAAAGUGAAAGAGAACAGAAUUCGGCAUUAAAUUUAACUCGGCAAAAAGUGUUGCGGUUGCGACAUUUCUUCAACAGUUGCCAACCUCUCAGUUAUAAUGUUGAUUUCUUUUGUGACCGGCAAUAAAAGGUUCAGAAAUACAUGAAUCAAGUUCUA